AUGGCGGGCAACAUCGUCGAGGCGUGGCUGCGCUCGCUGCACCUCGGCCAGUACGCCGAGUCCUUCCUGGACAACGGCUACGACGACCUGGAGAUCUGCAAGCAGGUGGGCGACCCCGACCUGGACGCGAUCGGCGUGCUGGAGCCCGGGCACCGCGCGCUGCUGCUGCGCUCGGUGCGCCGGCUGCGCGAGCACGGCGCCGCCUCCGUCUACUUCACGCUGGAGGAGGGCCCACCAGCCGCACCAGCACCACCACCACCAGCACCAGCAGCAGCAGUUCCAGCGCGCCGUCUGCCUCGGGGGACAGCACGUCCCCACAUCGGUGAGUCCUGCGGCCGUCGCCGUCUACAGCAAGGAGAAGAUGGUAGUCGUGUACCGCAGGAAGUCAAACCGCUAGCCACGGACUGCCUGCGAGACGAAGCCACACCCACAGCAGAAACCCGCCAACCCUUGACCAGGACACAACGACGAUGCCGCACGACGCAGAAGAAACUCCACCUCCACUGGCUGUUCCUACUGACUCCUGCAAACAGUAUCCUAUGGUCUCUUGAUCUAAGAGCAACACGUUCCUUGUUAAGUAACUACGUACUUGAUACGGUACGCCAAUUUUUAAAACAUCUGUCCACGUUACGGGUUCCUGUAAUCUCACUCAUUCUUUUCAUUGCCAGGUUAUCUUACUUAAAGAUAUACUUUUUUGAAAUGUCUACUUUUACUGAUCAGCAAUAAACAAAUUUUAAAAAAAGGUAAAAUAUCUAAGAAAAAGAUAAUUUAUCACUCAACUACACAAGCUGCCAUUAACAAAGAAACUGUUUCUCGAACAAUACCUCCAGUGACAGUAUUUUAAGAAUAAUGCUAGAUUUAUUGUAGAUUUAGCAGAUUUACGAGUCAUACAAUCAUAAAAGUUCCAACUUUCUACUAAUUAUUUAUACAAUAAGAGUUUUAAGGAAGUAUUAGGUUGUAAGUCCCGUUUAGAUACCAGUUUCAUCAGCGGAAAUGAGUAGUGAAAGUUGAAGUACAAAUAUCGAUUCAUUUUAGAGCGAAGAGCUCAGAUGACUGCAAUAUUUAUUUCAUAUAGUCACGUCUCAACAGAAAAUGACAAUUUCUAACAGAAAACUGUUAAUCAUUUUGUACAUCAUAUAUUUAUUGGGAUUAGAUGAAGUCUUUAUUCACCGAACGCUGAGAUAUUCAUUGUCAUGGACCUCUACUAAUUAAUCUCUUUCAAAGCUGUUGUUAAUGUUAUUAAUGUUAGUUUGGAAGUUAAGUCUUUGCUGUGAAUGCCAAAUAUAUUUGAGAUUGUUGAGAGGUCCGUCGCUUUCAUCUGGCUCUUCUCUUGACUUAGAAGUUCUUAGCCGGAGUUUUGUACUGUGAAAUGUUAUUAUACAAGGUAAGAUACUACAACAAACACUGUAAUUGUGGUCAGCAAAUUGGAUAUCAGUUUAUUAAAAGAGGGCAGUCGAUCCAUAAAACGGUACAUGUUAACUGUAUCUUCGAGUAUCUUCCAUUUAAUGCGGCAAUAGAUAAAACGAAAUCCGCUGAUAGGUGAAAACUAAUUUUCAUUGAAGUAAUGUGUAAAAGAUAGUUUCAGUUGGGUCCAGAGACUAUUUUUGCUGAAAAACAAAUGGAUUAAGAAAACUCUUGUUCACCAUGGUGUCUAUUUUCUGUGUUAGUAUGGUACUGAAAGUUCUCUGUGAUAGAUAUUGGACGUAGGUGAGGGAAAAAGCUGAUGAAUGUCACUACGAUCUACAGUUGGAAGACGAUGACUAUAUAACAUGCAAUAAUUGUAACUAGUUCAUAAAGUUUUGUACUUUUGAAAACCGAUGUGUGAUUUACUUGGUUAUAUUGCCUUGUAUAAUGUAUUAUGUGUAGUUGAAGAAUUGUUAAAAAUGGACUACAGUUUUCCAAAUAAAAGAAAAUUCUGAACCUUUGUAGCAACAAUUACUCCGCUCCCAUCACGUUGGUUGAAUUUCACUGUUUUAAAGGAAUACGAGUUUCGUUUAAUUAUGUAGUGUAAGUUAGGACUAUGAACAUGUUGCCUUUAAGAGAUUUCUCUUUCACAUUACUAAUACAUUUUAAGUGUAUGUAUAGUAUAUCAGUGAGCUCUGUGAUACGUUUGUAGAAAAGAGUAUAUUCUCUCAUAUUAUGAAAAUUAAUUUAGUCCACAACAUCUU